GGUUCCCCCCAGUGCCUGCCCCGGCCCCAGCGCUGCCCCGCGCUACGCCGCGCAGGGGCUGGUGCCGGCACUGGGUAGCAGGAUGGGCUGUAUCCAGAGCAUCACCUGCAAGGCGCGGAUCCGGCGGGAGAACAUCGUGGUAUACGAUGUUUGCGCCACCAUCGACCAGUGCCCCACGCUCAUCGAGGAAAGCUCGCCCAUCGUUUUGCGGUACAAGACCCCUUACUUCAAAGCCUCCGCCCGGGUGGUCAUGCCCCCCAUCCCCCGCAACGAGACCUGGGUGGUAGGUUGGAUUCAAGCCUGCAACCAGAUGGAGUUCUUCAACACGUACAGCGACCUGGGCAUGUCAAGCUGGGAACUGCCGGAUUUGAGGGAAGGAAGAGUAAAAGCCAUCAGUGACUCAGAUGGGGUGAGCUAUCCUUGGUAUGGAAAUACUACCGAAACUGUGACUCUGGUUGGACCCACCAACAAGAUUUCCAGGUUCUCAGUCAGUAUGAAUGACAAUUUCUAUCCCAGUGUGACAUGGGCUGUCCCUGUGAGUGACAGUAAUGUUCCACUGCUGACGAGGAUCAAGAGGGAUCAAAGUUUUACCACCUGGCUAGUGGCCAUGAACACAACUACAAAAGAGAAGAUUAUCCUACAGACCAUCAAAUGGAGGAUGAGAGUAGACAUUGAGGUGGAUCCCCUGCAGCUUCUGGGGCAUCGAGCCCGUUUGGUGGGCAGGACUCAGCAGGAACAGCCCAAGAUCCUGAAUCGAAUGGAACCCAUUCCCCCCAACGCACUAGUGAAGCCCAAUGCCAAUGAUGCCCAAGUCCUCAUGUGGAGACCCAAGAGAGGACAGCCUCUGGUUGUGAUACCUCCUAAAUAGAAUAUUAUUGUGUGUCUGGUACACACAGCCAAGUAGUGGAAUGAUGCUAUCAGGGCAUAGUGUGAACAAAAACUGAUAUUCUGAGCCAAAGCAGACCUCUUGGGUUUGCCUGCCUUUGCAGCCACUAGGAAAAAUGGGGUUGCUCUUCAGGCAGAGGAAUCAUAUUCCCUGGGAAGGUCCUUCCUUAUUAAGGAAAGGAAAUCACUGAUCUUAUGGACUUCCUGUGAUGUAUCCUGUGGGUAGCCAUACUUCAGGUCUGAUUAAGGAGGCUUCCUUUACCUGAACAACUGAACUGAAUCCUUUGCAGUGAGACACAAGGAAUGAAAACACAAUUAAUCAGUGCCUGUGGCAAAUGCUGCUUCCCAACCAUUAGAAGUGGAAAUGGAAAACAUCCAUACCAGGUGUUUGUAAGACAUAACAGUCCUGAUGACUGAUUAGAGGGUGUUGUGAAAUGAGGGUUGAAAGUUGGGUGGUUGUGGGGUGGGGAAAAAACUUACAAAAAAGUGGGAGGAGUUGUUACAGUAUUUAUACCUAUGCAUUUUAAUUGAUAAUCAAAAGGUCAACAUGUUCAUUGGAAUGAAAGGAAUGUUUACAAAGGGGGCAAGUGGGAAUGUUGUGGGAAUGUGUUCUAAACAGUGAUGGAGCCCAGUCUGCAUAGGACUGUCCUAGGUGCUGAAGCAAAGUACAAUGUGAAUUGCCAAUGGUUUCAUCUAUCUUCCUCUUUCCAAUAAUUAUUUAUUCAAAAUAAUUUUAAGUCUAGUAUUUUGCAUGCAUAGUUCCUGUAUUCUACAGUAGCUAUGAUAUUUGGAGCUUUCCCCAUAUUGUCAGUGAAAUCCAAAUCCAUCUCCUUUACAACUGAUCUAUACCUUCCACACUACCAGCCUAACUCUGCAAAAAGAAAAUCAUUUUAAAUGAAUGGUGGAGCCACAAAUCCACUUAAGGAUUCAAGAGCAUUUCAACAAACUUGACUAGUAUUUCCUUUCCAUUUGUUUAACAUCUGAAUGGAUGACAGAUCCUAUGGGAUGCAUAUAUCAGAAUGAAAUAAUAAAACUACACACAAAUUCUGCAAAUACAAAUGUACUAUAUGCGCAUAUGUAGUACACAUAUUAUAUAUUCAUAUAUGUGUAUAUAUGUAUGCUCCAUUUUAUAAUAGUUUCAGAUAACUUUUCAAAUUAAUGGGUGUUGGUUUAAAAAAUGGCUUAUCACAGGUCACCCACAAAGCUUUAUUAAAAAAAAAAAAACACAAUUGUCUGCAAUUCAUCAGAAAAAAAAUCAGCAUUUUAGAACUGGAAGAAACUUUUCAGAGAUUACUUGGGCUCUUAGUUUUGAAAUCUUGUAUUCCAAGAAUAAGAUAAUUUAAAAUGGAAGGCCAUUCACUCUUAAAUUACAUCAAUAUGACGCAUGCUGUUGUCCAAAGUGAUUCCAUCCUCCACUGUCAGAAAAUUUUGUAGAUUUCAAGGCUUCCUAAUUUAUUUUCCUUCAGGCAAACUAGAAAUUUAACUACAAAGGAGGAAAAUCAUGACAUUGAUGAUAGCUAGUGAAGUUCUCAUUCAAAAUAUUUAAUAAAAAAAUUUAAUAAAUUUUCAGCUUAAAAUCUUCACAAUGCCCUGUCCACAGCCCUUGUGAGCUCCAUAUUUGGAAAUGAAGAAGGUAGGAUGAAGAAAGGUUCUAACAAACUUGCAGAUAGAUAAGAGUCCAAAUGAUCAGUUCAUUGAUAGUAGUCACUACUGUCAUAUUGAAAGAUCUGCCAGCACUUAGUUUUUUACUCUGAAAGAGUAAAUUACAAAUAUGUGUGGAGAAACAAACAGAUUUUCUACUUGUGUUAAAAAAUGAUCCAUUUUUUUUCCUAUAGAAUAAUUAUUACUGUCAUGAAAGAGUUAAGGCAAUUCCUUACUCCUUAAAUUCCUGAUUUUUACCAUUCUACUCUAACCACCAGGUACAAUUUACUAGAUUAACUAUGGACAGUAAGCAGAUUUAUUUAUAACUAACAUAAUAAUGACCCAUCAGUGAGAGAAGAUCUGGAAACAUUCCUCGUGGAAAUAAUUUAGUUGCUGCAUUUUUUUCUCUACCCUUUCCCUUUCUCCCUUUUUUGCUGUGAAAAAUUUGCCUAAAGAAGGGAAUCUAUAUGUUGGAGAAUGAAUUUAUUCAGUUGUCACUAAUAACAAAAUCGCCAGCCUGAAGCAACAAUAAUUGAGUAAAGGCAGUAUGGUAUAAUGGAGAGAGCACUGGGUGGAAUCAAAACACUGAGAUUCUAAUCUCAGUUCUGGCAUUGACUUAGUAGGUGGCAAUCACUUUGUCUUGUUUUUCAGAUUCCUCACCUAUAAAAUGGGGAGAUUGAAUUAAUAAGAUAAAACUAUAAUCUCUCCAAUUCUAGCAUUCCCCAAUUCCUAGUUUGAUGCAGUAGGGGAAAAAAACUGGAUUUAGAAUUAAAAAAAAAAAAAAGAAAAAACCUAAGUCAGAAUCUUGGUUGUGCUAAUCACCAGUUACAUAACUUUGGGCAAGUCAAUUAAUUUCCUUAAGCCUCAGUUUCUUCAUUUGAAAAAUUAGAGGAAUCAACAAGAUGAUUCUCAAGGUCUCUUCUAGCUCUAAAGAUAUGAUCCUAUGAUUCUCUCAAAUAUUACCAUCACAGGGUUUCUGAUGUCAAUCCUAAAGGCAGACCAACAUACCAAAGAUUUUUUUUUUCAUACUGAAUGUUCUGGGUGCCAUAGAACCAAUGAGGAAAGUUUAUUCUACAAGAUUUAAGAGCAUAAAACUUUAAGGAAAUCAAGUUAAUGGGAAUAUGAAUUUGGAAAAGAGAUGAAUGUGAAUCAUUUGCAUUACAAAAGUAUUCUUUGCUUUAUUGAAUCUUAUUGAAAGAUUCACCACAGGUUUUUUUUUUUAAUUUAUACAGGUUCCCUUCUAUAUUUAAAAUUGAAUUUAAUUUAUGCAAAUUCUCUUUAUCCUUUUUUCAGGAAUUCAUCUAUUAUUUGUAAAACAAGGCAGAAUACAUUGUGAGCCUGAGCAUUUUUCAUAACCUUACAAUUUUCUAAGUUCCGAAACAAGUCUUCUGAAGUAAAAGAAUGUUAGUCUGGCUUCAUCAAGCUUUUAGAAUUGAGAGAGCACUUGGAGAACAUCUAAUUUAUGCCCUCACUUUUAGGUUAAGAAACUAGGUCCCAGAGAGAUUAAGAACCUUUUUCAAACAUCAUGUCACUAGCCAGUUAGUGGCAAAUUCAGGAAGAGAAAUCAGUUCUUUCAAUCACCAUAAUCCUAUUUCCACUAUCUUACACUGUCCCUCAUAACAAAUCUGAUAGAUUCUGGGAGAUAGGAUGAUAAUGAAAUGAAGGUAAGUGAGCUUAGACAAGUUGAGCAGAAAGAUGUUAGUUAUCAUCAUCAUCAUAAUGGGCUAGAUGUAAAGUCAGAAAGACUUUAGAAAGACUACCUCUAAUACUAGUUUUGUGACUCUGGACAAGUCAAAGACAAGCCUCUCUGAACCUCAGUUUCCUCAUCUGUAAAAUGAAAUUGUUGGACCAGAUGACCUUCAGCUUUAAAUUCAUGAUCUCUAAAAAUAUCAAAGUCAGAUAAAUAAUAGGUCUAUAGAAUAUUUGAAAGUUAGCAAUUUUCUAUUAGGAAGUAAUUCUUUCCCCUUCUGGGCAUCCUGGCUCAUUAACUCCCAGCAAGUCAAGAUUACAUCCAUGAAAGGGUAAUUUAAUGACACAACUACCUCAAAGUAAUAAUAGCUAGAAUUUACAUAGAGUUGCAAGGCUUGAAAAAUACUUUACAAAUAUUAUAUUAUUUGAUCCAUACAACAACCCUGAGAUUAGGUGCUAUCUUUAUUCUAAUUUUACAGAUAAGGAAACUGAGGUAGACAGAGAUUAUGUCCAGGGUCGUAAAGCUAAUGCUGAAUCCAAAUCUGAACUCAGUAUUUCUGACUCUAAUCUGUUAUUUUAAUCAAUUGAACCAUCUAUUUGCCUCAAAGCACUCUAGGGCUUACAAAGCAUUUUUUAUGAUACCCCUAUAAAAAAGAUAGUGCCAGUAUUUUCAUCUUUACCUUACAUACAAGACAAUUAAAACAGAGAAAUUAAGGUAUUUUCACAUAAUCCCACAGCUUGAAAAUUCCAUAUUCUGGGAUUCAAUAUUCAAACCCAACUCUCCUAACUCCAUCUGAAAUUUGGAUUGCUACCAGGAUUCCAUUCAGGCUUUCUUCCCCCUGAGUAUGGCUGAGCCCCAAACCAGGCACUGUCAAUUGGAGUUACAGAUUCAGAGCCAUGGUGAGUGGCAAUGGGAAAGUCUUGGCACCACGGUAGCAUUCAUUUUCCAAGUAAAUUGAGCAUAAGAUUCUUUUGCCUUAUGUUUCUAUUUAAAUUAUCAGUCAUAUCAUAUCAGAGAAGUUUGCCCUAUUGCAUAGAAUCAUAGAAUUUGAGGGACCUUAGCCCUCUCCUCUUCCCUAUUUACCAGCUAAGAAAACUGAGACUGUAAGUGCUUAUGAUCACAGCUAAUUAGUAGCAGCACUGGGAUAAUUUCUGGUAUUACUCUAGAGAUUCUGGUAUAUCUCGAGAAAGCCCUAUAUCUAUAGAGAGAUAUUAAUUGAACUUUUCUACCUUAUCCUCAUUCCCUUCCUGGGACAAAUCUGCUUUAAAUUUUCAGUCCUCAAACCUUCAACUGCAAAUUGAUUAGUAUCAAAUCUGGAGACAAGCUGAUUCAUUCUUUUUAAAAAAAAGAAAGAAAGAAAGAAAGAAAGAAAGAAAGAAAGAAAGAAAGAAAGAAAGAAAGAAAGAAAGAAAGAAAGAAAGAAAGAAAGAAAGAAAGAAAGAAAGAAAUAUUGCUAUUAAAUCUCAAACCAUCUUCUGGCUUGAUAUCUUUUGAGAAGAUGCUCUUCACUUAAUCUUUUUGCUGCUUGGAUUUGGUUUCUUGUGUCAUAUUUUUCUUAUAAUGGCUUCAAGCUAGAUAGAUUAGGUGACCUCUUAUUUUAGCACUCCAUUAUUUUGUAAUUUUGGAUCAUAGUAGGCCAAUUAGCUAUGGAGUAGGGGAAAUAACAAUGGUCUUGGCAUCAGAAGGCCCCAAAUCAAUUCCUGGCUUUGUCAUUUGCCAGUUACACAUUUAAGCCAUUUGGCUUUUUUGAAUUUUAUUUUCUUCAUUGAUAAAAGGGAGGUGAUAGCAUUUGCACCAAGGCUCUCACAGGGUUGUUAUAAGAGAAUUUAGCAAACUUUAGAGUACUCUGCAGAUAGAAAUUGUGAUUAUUUAUCCAUAGCUUAUAUUUUUCCUCAGUCCUUUCAAAGGUUAUUUUUAAAAGUGCUUCCUACUAUGCCAAAUCCCAACCUAGCACUAGAGGUGACCUCUCAUGGACCAGCACUGGGAUCUAAAUAAGAAAUGGCUGUGGGCAAAGAAUCAGCCUUUUAAAAUACCAAGUUUCUCUUUCAUAUUUGAUUAUGGUUAAAGAAUGGGGAGAAAUUGGAGAAAAAGAAGGAAGUGAGAAUGAGGAGAUUACAGAAGGCAUCCUACUAUCAAUGAAAGUGCAUGGAUUUGAAGUCAGAGGACUUAUGUUCAAAUCCUCCCUCUGCAACUUACUAGCAGUAAUUUUUGCCACAUCCUUUCUCUUUUUCUAAACCUCAGUUUCUUCAUUUGUAAAACAGAUUUGACUAUAUGACCUCUAACAUCCCUUUAAAUCCUAAAAUCCUGCCUCUAUUUUGUGGCUCACUCAAUUUUUCAAUGGCUUUAAUGAGCAUAUGAAAAUAAACAGAGUAGGAAGUGAACACAUCGUAGUAAGGAUAAUGCUUUCAUAUAUAAUGACUGCCAUCCCCCAAAGGUAAAAUGUGGGUAAAACAAGGCAACAUCCUGGAGCUUCCUUUUACUACUCAUAUAGCAAAAAAAAAAAAAAAAAAAAAAAAUACCCAGGAAAUAUGGGUAGUAAAACCUGUACAAUUUCCCUUCUUUCAACUUCAUUUUCCUCAAUUAUAAAAUGGAAGGCUAUAUGGCUUCUAACAUUCUUUCCAAUUCUAAUAUUCUUGGACUCUAAAAAAUGAGGCAACUGAGCUGGCUGAUCUAGGAAUCCUUAGGUGGAGUCACGAUCUAAUAAAUGAGGGAUCUAGUCUCCUAGUCAUCAAACACCACACACCUCCCAAAAAAGAAGGAGGAAGGGAACAAGAAAUAUUGCUCCCGAAGUAGAAAUUCCCUAUGGUUGAGCAAAAGCCCUGCUGCCAAGGAGCUCCCAAUACAGCUGAGAGCAGGCCGAGUCAGCCAGGGAGGGAGACAGAGGAGAGAGAUAAUGCCUUUCUUAGGUUCAGUUGGCAUAUAGAGCAUCCCUUUGAGAGCUGAGGGGACAAUUACAUAUCAACCAAGAGGACUCCCAACUGGGAUACAAACAAAGAUGUAAACAUAUGCACACAUUCACCCUUCAAGCUGAAAAGAAAAUUAAUCAAAACCUGAUGAACGGCUGAACUCUAUAAUUAAGCCCAAACGAUCCUCACAUAGAAAAGGAGCUGAGUGAGCAAGCUUGGUGCAAGGCAGUUAUUUUUAUUCCAAGGCCUCAUUGCCGUUAAUGCCUUUUGAGUCCUUGAGCACAUCUGGUUCCAGUCUCCUUGGUAGAAGAACACCUACCCUUCAGGGAUCUUCAGUGACUCUUGAGGAUCUGAGCGGCAUAUUUGGCCAUGGAAUGGGCUGGCUCAGGGACCCUUCCUGACCAUUUAUCCAGUAUAUUGUGGGAGUAAUUCUUUCUCAGAUAUGGGAUAGAACAGACUGUAGCUGCAAAUUUCAAAUUCUGUGAUUCUAUAUUACUGAGAUCAUAGGUAAGGGCCGAGUCCAAAGCAAUUUGUCCAUUCUCUGAAGUCUGUUGGAAGCAUCUCUGGCUGAAAAUAGCCAGUUAACAACAGCUCACUUUCAUGUAGAAUGAAUAGCAUUGUGGUUAUCUCAUUCAAUCCCCACAACCCCCUGGAAAGUCUGGAUUAUGUUAUUAUCCCCAUUUUACUGAUGAGAAAACUAAAAAUUGAUUCAGUUAAGUAAUUUGCCCAAAGGCAAGUCCUUGAGAGCUUGCCCAGUUCUCAAAGCUGGAGACAGGAUUGGGACCCAGAUUUUCUAAGACUCCAAAUUCAAUGUUCUUUCCAUUACAUCAUGCCUCUUCCCAGGGUAAAAAGAAGAGCUAUGCUGUUUUCAUUGGAAAGACACUGAAUUAUUGUGGGUCAACUUGUAGCUACAGUAAAUCUUUAUUAUAAAACAGUUCCCUACAGCAUGAACUCACUUAUGCUGAGAAUCAAAUCAAUCUCAUCUAUCCUACAUAGUGAAAAAGUAUGCAUUUCUUCCUAUAACAUUGGGAGUUGCUUUCUCUGUGGCUAGUUCCUGUGAGAUCAAUAUUAUAACAGAAAUGAACUUGUGCUAGGUAAAUAAAACCUUACCCUGUGUCCAUAGAAAGUCUUGCCAGCUCACGCUUCACUUGAGAAGCAGGCACAUAGAUAGUAAACACAAUUAAGAUUGUGUUCUCUGCCUGCCCAAUUUCAUUGUUCAUGGAGAUUACAUGCCUAGUGACCUUAAUUGUUUCUAGAGAUCACUUUGACCUGGUGGAAUAAGUUCUCCAUAAAUGACUGGGCAUCCAUGCCUGCAGAUGACUCCCUGGGAAUGACCAGAUCAUUGCCAUAUGGGUAAGAAACACCAAAACAUACCUUGCCCUUCAUGAAGACCCUACCUUUCCUGGAGAAGUUGGUUCCACAGCAGACCCACCUUUUUAGCUUUGUCCACAGGCCAUUCUCCCUUGCUUUAGACAAAUGCUUCCUAUUAAGAAGUCAGUUCAAUAUGCUUUCAUGAGGAGCCCAACCUACACCAAUACUUUACUACUUUACUUAACCCCAUUCAGGUCCCUUUGAGAACAUGGCAAGAAGACUAUAUUCAGGGACUCCUUCCUACAUUUGAAGGACCCUGCCUAGCAUUAGAGGGAACGGUGCUAUCAGGCUAUUCCAAGAAGCAUUUUUAAAAAUAGAGGAUCUUGUGCUGGAUCUUGUAGGCCCAUCUCUUUUGCUAAGGUCUGAGACCUUAAGCAAAGAACUGCACUUUUCAGUGCCUCAGUUUCCCCAUUUGCUAAAUGAAGAUCAUAAUACCUUCCCUGUCUACUUCACUGAGUAGUUGUGAGAAUGAAAUGAAAUAUGUAAAGAGAAGAUACUCCAAACAAAGUUAAAAGUACUAUUUCAAUAAUAUCUUUAGUAUUCUUGUUAUGACAUUACUAUUGCAGA